AUGCGCUUCGAGGGCGCGGAGCGGCGCGACGCCGUCGCCUUCCACCCGCUGCUGGCGCCGCGGCCUAGCGACUUCUCGGUGUCGGCGCUGCUGACGGCGGGCGCUCUUCCUCCGCCUCCGUACUUGCCGGCAGCGCUCGCCGCCGCCGCCGCGCUGUCCGCGCCCUGUCCGCUGCUCAAGCCGCCACCGCCGCCUUACGCGCCGCUGCCGCCAGACGACGACGGCGUCGUCGACGACCCCAAAGUGACGCUCGAAGGCAAGGACCUGUGGGAGAAGUUCCACAAGCUGGGCACCGAAAUGGUGAUCACCAAGAGUGGCAGGUCAGUACGGCUCCGCCGCGCCGUAGUCGCUCCUCUGUGCGUGUCUCGGCCCAUGUUCUUCGUGAUUGUGUUGUGUGUGGUUACCGUCUCUUGCGUUGUCUUUGCCGUGGUAAGUCGUAAGCGAUAUGUGUGUCCGGUCUGCAGCCGAGAGAGCGAUGUUUGGGAGCGGAGCGCGUGGAUUUGUUUACAAUAA